GAUAGAAUAUCUUCUACUGAUAUAAUGUCACCGACUGAUAUAAUGUCACCUACUGAUAUAAGUGUAAGAAAUGGAGAUAAUCAAUCAAUAAGUAAUCAGUAAUAAAUGAACAAUCAAUUGUUUAAAAUAGGAUUUGAUUGUAGUCAUGGAGGCUUAGUCUCUUCUUAACUACACCCAUAUACUUCAGUGAAUGGAACAACCGCACUGAGUUUCUAUGUUAAGUUGUUUAGUUGAAUCAUCAAGGUCAACUCCUUGGUUCCAACAUUGCCACUGGUCCAUGAGGUUGGGAGGAGCCGUGCUCAGAGUGCUCGAUGUAACUGAGAGAUAGUCUCCAGCAGCCUGAGCCCCCAUGCCUGAGGCCUUGAGUCGGAUUGGGUGUUGCAAUUAUUAAUUCAUUGAAUCCUACAUCCAAUGGCAGCUUUACCUUGUAAGAUUUUCAUAACAUUUGAUGUUAUUAUGGACAAUGCAUUAUUUACUUCUUCCUAAUGACUAAUUGACUUACCUUUAACACAUUAACCUUCAACAGAUAAUGCAAUGGCCCUUCCCAAUUGUUGACUUUUUUGCUGUAUAAAAGCAGCCCUUUACUAACAGUAAUCUAUUCACUGCCAAAGCGGCUCGACUUCAGUGUUGCCAUGAAAGCAGCAGUAACCUUAUUGGUGUGUGCUGUAAGCAGUCAGGCCAACUGGCGCCGGCUAUGGGUGAAUGGGACCUGUUAAGUCGCCUGCUGGACCAGGUCCAGACCCACUCCACCGUCAUCGGCAAGGUGUGGCUCACCGUGCUGUUCGUGUUCCGCAUCCUGGUGCUGAGCACCGCCACAGAGAAGGUGUGGGGUGAUGAGCAGUCCGACUUUGUGUGCAACACCAACCAGCCGGGGUGUAAGAACGUGUGCUACGACCACGCCUUCCCCAUAUCACACGUCCGCUUCUGGGUGCUGCAGAUCAUCUCGGUGGCCACGCCAACCCUGGUGUACCUGGGCCACGUCCUCCACGUCAUCCAUGCUGAGCGCAAGGUGAGACUGAAGAUCCAGAGGCAGGCGGAGCUGGACGAGGACGCCCACCUGUUCCUGAAGAAGGGCUACAAGGUCCCCAAGUACAGCCACAGCAACGGCAAGAUCAACCUGCGGGGGAGCAUCCUGCGCAGCUACCUGCUCAACCUGGUGGCCAGGAUCCUGUUGGAGCUGGGCUUCAUCCUGGGCCAGUACUUCCUGUACGGCUUCACACUGCAGGCCCGCUACGUCUGCAGCAUGUUGCCCUGCCCGCACAAGGUGGACUGCUUCCUCUCCAGACCCACGGAGAAGUCCAUGUUCAUAUGGUUCAUGCUGGUGGUGGCCUGCGUGUCUCUCCUCCUCAGCAUCGUGGAGCUGCUUCAUCUGUGUGUGAAAGUGGCGGGCGAGUGCAUAGCUCGGAGGCAAGACUACACCGUCACCCCCGUCACCCCGCCGCUCAUGGAGAGGAAGGCCUUCAAGAACCGAGAGCAGAGGAUCCAGGACCAUUACAACCUGGACCGCCAGGACAGCAGGGGGCCCGGGGCCGGCAUGGCCAAGGGGGGUGUGGGGGCGGGGCUGAACGGUGUGGCUAAAGGUUCAUGGUCUGAGGACAACAACACGGGGGAAGUCCACAUUUAGAAACGUUUUUAGAAAGGUCAAUAGAUGACAGCACUUAUUGCUGGUGUCAUUCUCCGGUCAUUUUCAUGAUUGAAUUUUAUUUCGGUCCCUAAUAGUAUUGUCAGAUCACUCUUUUAGUCUCAGGAUGCUGUUUGAUGUUAAGGGAUGACCUGUCCUAAUCUGGUAACUGAAUAUUGGUUAUUGUUUGCCAGGUAUCAAAAUACAUAAGUCAAUAUUUUGCAUUUCUGUGUGUAUAUCAUAA